AUGCAAGCUUUUCAACGCGUCACUACCCUUCGUCCAAUCAGGAGCCACGGCGACCCACGGGAACUACAUUUCCCAUGAGGCGCUGAGGGCAGAACUACACGAUCCAACAUGGCGGCCAUCGGAAAGUUCCUGAGAAACGCCUGGAACAAGGAGCCCGUGGUGACGGCAGCCUGUGGCCUCGGCAUUGCGGCUCUGAUCCUGCCCCUGGUGAGCCCCUACACCAAGUACACGGUCCUGCUCAACAAAGCUACGCCGUAUAACUACCCAGUUCCUGUGCGAGAUGACGGAAAAAUGCCCGACAUCCCCUCUCACCCGUGUGACCCUCAGGGCAGAAAUCUGGACUGGCUGAAAAACAUGUAAAAAAAAAAAAAAACCAGUUUGCAGCCCAGAACCUGUACAGAUCUCUCUCUUUCCUUCAAAUAAAUGUGCUUUAUUUAA